GUGACACUUUCUCUCCAGUGGCUAAGCUAACCUCAGUGAAAAUGCUGCUGGCAAUUGCCUCCAUCCAGAAUUGGCAUUUGCACCAAAUGGAUGUUAGUAAUGCUUUUCUUAAUGGUGAUUUAGAAGAGGUUGUUUAUAUGGAACUACCUGAAGGUUUGAGGGAGAAGCCAGAGUACAAAGGGAAGGUUUGCAAACUUAAGAAAUCACUUUAUGGUUUGAAACAAGCAAGUAGGAUGUGGUAUGCCAAGUUGACAGAAUCCUUACUUGCCAAAGGCUUCAAACAGUCAAAGUCUGAUUAUUCGAUCUUUCUUACUGAGAUUACAGGAAACCUUGUGGUUGUGAUUGUAUAUGUGGAUGAUAUACUGGUAGGUAGUCCAAGUCUUGAAGCUGUCAAUUCAGUGAAGAAGUUGUUGGGAUCACUAUUCAAAAUGAAGGAUCUGGGUGAAAUGAAGUACUUCCUGGGAUUAGAAAUCAACAGAACAGCAGCAGGAAUACAUGUUUCACAGAGGAAAUAUUGCAUAGAAUUAUUAAAGGAGGCUGGUUUUGACGAGUGCAAACCAGCCAAGACACCAUCUAGUGUGAAGCAAGUUCUUUCUGCAGCAGAUGGUGAGUCAUACUUGAACAUCCAGAACUUCAAACAUCUACUUGGACAGUUACAAUAUCUAAACAGCACAAGACCAGAUAUCACGUUUGCAGUACAACAGUUGUGUCAAUUCCAGGACUCUCCUACAACUGUGCAUCUCAAGGCACUGCACAGGGUUUUCAGAUAUCUAAAGAACUCACCAGGACAGGGUGUGUUCUAUUCCAGCAAGGCAGCAAUUCAAUUGACAGGAUAUAGUGACUCAGAUUGGGCCACCUGUCCUGAUACAAGGAGAUCCUUAAUAGGUUUUUGUGUAUUUUUGGGAACUAGCCUGAUAAGUUGGAAGGCAAAGAAGCAGAGCACAGUCUCUAGAUCAUCAUCAGAAGCUGAAUACAGAGCAUUGGCACUCUUGAGUUGUGAAAUCCAAUGGCUAGUAAGGCUGCUCUCUGACUUUGGAAUCACUCAUUCACACCCAGCUGUUGUUUACUGUGACAGUCAGUCUGCAAUACACAUUGCAAGGAACCCAGUGUUCCAUGAGAGAACCAAACAUAUAGAGGUCGACUGUCAUGUGAUCAGGGAGCGCUUAGAAAGUGGUUUGAUCGAUUUACAUCAUGUUUCUACUAAUUAUCAAUUGGCAGAUGUUUUUACCAAGAGCCUAGGCAUUGACAGGUUCAACUUUCUCAUGAGCAAGCUGGGAGUAUCAGGACGAUACUCGCCAGCUUGUGGGGGCGUAAUGGAGAACAUGACCAAUCCAGAUGGAGCAGCAGCAGCCUGCACAAGCAAUGCCCUGAAGAAUAAGGAGCUGCUGCUGUGAAGAACAAGGAUGAACACUCCCAGAUCAUUGAUGUAUAUAUAAGAACGAAACGGUGGCGUUCUAAUCUCAGCAAAAGGGCGAGUCCAGAACGCUGCCGUUUCCCUUGGUCUGUUUGCAACGAAGAUAAGAAGGACGACGACGUUUAGCUAGACCAGAACAAACAGUGUAAUUAGUUGAUUGAGAACACGUGGCUGGCUAGGAGUGGAUAGUUUAAUUAGUUAGUUUGGCUUUACUGUUUGUUAGUCGUUGCUUUACUUUCCUUAAUGUAUCUCUGUACAUAUAUAUAUGGGCAAUCCAGAAAAGAAGACCUCAAGCUUUUGAGCUCUCUUCACCAAACCCUAGUCGUUUUCACUUUCUUCUUAGAUACGUGUUAACCGAUAAAUUGACCUUUUUAAG